ACUUGCAACCCUGCCCCCGGAGAUCGGAUGCCUAACGAACCUGAAAACCCUCUCCCUCUCCGAGAACGUUAUCACCUCCCUGCCGGAGCAACUGGCAAGCCUCCAGGUCCUCCGGGUUCUGGACUGCAGGCACAACCGUCUUACGGAGAUACCCUCCGUGGUGUAUAAGUUGGUUAGUCUGACAACGCUUUACAUGCGGUUUAACCGGAUCCGGGAUGUGGACCCGGAGUUAGGAAAUCUUGUCAACCUUACAAACCUUUCUAUACGAGAGAACAAUAUUACAGAAUUACCAGGACGGAUCGGUGAGUUGAAAUCUCUGGUGACCUGUGACUGCAGUUACAAUCAGCUGAAACAUUUACCUCCGGAGAUAGGAGACUGCACUCAGCUGGCGAGCCUAUACCUUCAGCACAAUCAGCUAGAAGAUUUACCCAUGGAGAUAGGGAACCUUACUCAGCUCUGUCAACUUGGUCUCAGGUACAAUAGAUUAAAGUGUGGAUCUAUCCCUCGAACUCUUGCUAACUCUAUUCUCCUGGAGGAGUUCAACGUGGAGAACAACUGCAUCGCGACCUUACCCGAGGGACUCCUCGCCUCCUUGGAUAAUCUGAACUCGAUCACACUCUCUCGCAACCAGUUCACAGCGUUUCCCUCCGGGGGCCCGGCUCAGUUCAUUAAUAUUACGACUCUUAAUAUGGAGCAUAAUAAAUGUGAUAGGAACGCGUUACGUAUCCUGGAUCUGGAGGAGAACUACCUGGAGAGUAUUCCUGCUGAGGUUGGAAGGUUGAGAGAACUCACAAGGUUGAUCCUACAGUCUAAUGCACUCACACAACUUCCCAGAGCUAUAGCACAGCUCAGCCAACUCCAGUACCUGUCCGCCGGGGAGAACUACUUGGCAUUCCUUCCAGAGGAGAUUGGUUCCCUGGAAGCCCUGGAGUCCCUGUAUGUUAAUGAUAAUCCAAACCUACAUUCUCUUCCAUUCGAACUCGCGCUGUGUUCUAACUUACAGAUAAUGAGUAUAGAAAACUGUCCCUUAACUCAAAUUCCUGCAGAAAUCGUAGCCGGUGGGCCAUCACUUGUUAUUCAGUUCUUGAAGGUGCAAGGGCCGUAUAGAACAAUGUAAAGAAAAAGAAGAUGCACGAAGGACUGCACUGUAUGCAACUACGGAAUCUUUUCUUGGAACGUUUACUCAUGGUUUUCAUUCUCUACACUUGUCCUUUUAUGCACACGGUUCAUUCAUACUCGUCCCCCUAACAGACGUAGCAUACUCGUCCCCCUAACAGACGUAGCAUACUCGUCACCCUAACAGACGUAGCAUACUCGUCCCCCUAACAGACGUAGCAUACUCGUCAUCUUUCAAAAAUAAAGCAGCCACCUUUAAAUACAAUAUACUUCUCAUAUAAACAGCUUAAUCACCCUAUAAAUUAUCCCUUCUUGAUAUAUUAGCUUACUCGACCCUUCAAAAUGAUGUGAAUUAAGUGACGAAUUUUAAUGUUUUUUUCUGUUGAGAGUCAACAAAACAAAGGUUACAAAACAAAGGUUACAAAACGUGUGAACUUACCAAAAGGAUGGCCCCAAUUAGAAGUUAAGACAAUCUUGUUCAUAUUUGAUGGUGUUCAAAAUUUUACAUAUCAUUUAGAGCAUACUCAUCCCAUCAUUUAGAGCACACGCGUGCCAUCAAUUAAAGCAUUUAUAGAGCACACUCGUCCCCAUUUAGAGCAUACUCAUCCCAUCAUUUACAGCAUACUAGUCCUAUUAUAUAGAUUAUUCUGGUCCUAUUAUUCGUAUCAUGCUUGUCCUAUCAUUUAGAGCAUACUCAUCCUCUCAUUUAGAGCAUACUUGUCCCAUCAUUUAGAGCACAUUCCUCCCAUUAUUUAGAGCAUUCUCGUCACAUCAUUUAGAGCAUACUCCUCCCAUCAUUUAGAGCAUUCUCGUCACAUCAUUUAGAGCAUACUCAUCCCAUCAUUUAGGGCAUACUCAUCCCAUCAUUUAGAGCAUACUCAUCCCAUCAUUUAGAGCAUGCUCGUCCCAUCAUUUAAAUUUGUUCAAUCAUAAAGCAUACUCGUCUUAUGAAAUUGAGAAAACUUCUCCCAUCAAGAAAUGAUUUCUCUCUCUCAAGUGUUUUCGUCCCAUUAUUAUACAGAGAAUUGUUCCAAAAGUUUUUAUGCAGACAUUUUUUUAUCAAGUUUACAAACAAUGUUGAUGUUCUUCCGUUGUUUUAUGUUUUAUCUAAACACAAUGAUAAAUGGUAUUCCUAAUCAUGACUGGAUAUUAAAUAGAUCCUAAUAUAUUUGUCAGUUUUCAUGUUUUUAGUUUCAAUAUGAGUUUUACAUACUGUCAACCAUGAAUGUGAGUGAGGGGGGGGGAGGGUUAAUGUGUUUAUCAAAUGUUAUUUAGUUUGUAAACAUAGCGCAUUUAUAUGUAAUAUGUGAAAAUGCUUGUUAUAUUUUCUGCUUAGGGAAAAUAUAGAAAAAUUUAAAUAAAUCCAUUAUUGUUGA